AUGGAGGACCGGAUGGGCAACGGCAUCGUGACGGAGUGGAUUGGUCGAUAUGAUAUCCAGAAUAUCAAUGAUCAAUGGAUAUCGGCAGAAUUGGAGGAAUUCCAGAAGAAAACCAGAUUUCCUGGAUGGGAGAGCACGCUAGUCCUGGUUGGACUUUGGAUCUUUCUGCUCUUCAUUGUUGAUCAUACCACCCAAACCAUCCCCGCGACAACCACUUCGUCACCCAGGAUGAGUGGCGGAUUGGGCCAACGGCCACUCUCAGAAGUGAGUCCCAUGGCGCAACGGCGCAACUCGCCCAUUUGGAACCAAUCCGGCAAGAUCACGACCGGCGACUCGACAUAUGAUGCCUCACCUCUCAACAACAAUGCUUCCCCGCGUCUCUUCUGGAAAGGUCGCGAAUCCCCUUCUCCAACCAAGGGUGUCGAGAACCAUGCCCCGUACGAUCCCGAGAGCUGCCUCCUCCCGGCCCGGCGAGCAUCCCUCGAGAACCUGAAGCGCGCAUCUCGCGUCAAGAACCACGCCAUGUUGCGCGACGGCCAGGAAUAUGACCCUGCUCACGUAUCAGUCCCUCACCGACCCCUUGCCGCCGACCGGUCGCCAAACCGAGAGAGCCAAAUGAACCUCGCCAAAUCCCAGUUUCUGGAUGAUGACCUUGGUGAUCUCGGCGACCAAUCGUCUCUUUCCAAGGGCAGCCGCUAUGGCAAAGGCUUUGACCCCCAACACGACAUUUGGUCGGAAUAUGAUAGCGCUGGUCACCGACAUGCUAAGAGCGUAACAUUUGACGUUGCGCCGCCCCAAGUUAACGAAUACGAAAUGCGCACUCCCGACCCAUCCUCGGUUGCGUCUGAAUCGCGUGAACCCAGCUACGACUCCGAGGAGGAGGAUGAUGUGAGCAGCUUUGAGCACGACUCCUUCAUGGACCGUGACGACAGCUUCGAUGCAUCCCUGGAAGAUAUUGAGAAGACUCCUGUUGUCUUGCCAGAGGAUUGGCGUUUUAUGAGCCCCGACAGCAAUAACGGAGAGGAAGAGUCGUUCGUCGAGCACACGGAAGACCAGAACGACAGUCGACCUACCUCCCGGGACGAGGUGGGCAGCCAACACUCACGCGUCGAGUCACUCGACUCGAAUGGCGAACGCCGGCCCUUGCCACCACUGCCAUCCGUGAAUCGGUUGUCUGGCUCUCGACCUUCGUCGCCUGAAAAACUUGCGGCCGCCUUCGAAUUGGGUAGCGGUGGCCAGCGGGUAUUGCCUUCAGCGCCGGCGGCAGCUUCGUAUACUAAAUCUGAUAUCAACGGCGGCAUGUCUUUGGAGGAGCGACUGCGUCUCAUGAUGUUGAAUGAUAAAAAGAAGAAUGAGGACGUGAACGGCGACCAGGAGGAUGUGGACUCAUCGUCCAAGCCCGUGCAGAAUAAUGAAUCUUUGGACAAGCCCACUAGCGAGCCAUCCAAAGACGAUGUUUUCUCUCCUCCACGCAUCUCGCGCGACUCUAUUCUGCGGGAUAUCCGCAAGGGUGACAGCUUUGAAGACGAUGCCUAUGAGGACGAGGACUCUCAAAUUUCUGAAGAUGCUCAUCAUUUCGACAAAUAUGACCCCGACGUCCCUAUUCCCUCUCUCGAAACUGAAUAUGACGACGAUGACUCUUCCAGUGUAAUCAUCAAGGAAGAAGCCAACGAUGAUGAUCUAUACGCCAUUCCCGACUACUAUCAAAACUCUUCUGACCACAGCUUAUCAUCGCGCGACCAGCGAGCUACCUAUGAUCAAGAUAGCAACUACUCCCUCCGCUCUGCCGCCGAAGUUGCUCAGGCUGCUUCGUUUGACGAUGGAGAUCGAGCCUCAGGACAAACAACUCCGACAGGAGGAGAAGAUGUCCAGGCUCCAGCUCACCCCCUCUCGAAGGAAAUGGAUGAUUCUCCUGCUCCUAGAGAGUCGCAGGCCUUGGACAUGGCCUCCAUCCGUCAAUCGUUGAAUCGGCCCGUCACUCCUGAGAUCAAGGAGGAAGAGCUCUCCGAACCCUCUACACCCGACUCUGUCAUCCGUCAUCCCAUUCAGGACGAGGAUGAUGAGGAUGCGGAAUUUUCACAGGAUGACGAAGAAGAACAUCAAGCAUUCAGUUCGUCUGAUGAAUCGGUCCCAGAGCCUAUUGCCACGAUCAAGGCUCCCGGCCAAGGACUCAAAACUCGCCCGUCGCUCACCCCCGCCGAUGUCGAUGCCAUGGCCGCAACACAAGAUUUGGACAAAGCAACCGCUCUCCCUCCUCAGCUCACCCUCCCCACUUUGAAUCAACGUCAGUCUAGCUUGAUGCAACUGGACAUCCCCUUCAGCAUUCAGGAGGAGAGUCUCGGCUCUGGUCUGAACAAGGAAUUUGACCGUGUCAUCGAGUCCCAAAAGGUUGCGUUUGCCCUCGCCAUUUCCCAGCUUGAAUCCAACCCAACGCCAGCCCCCAAGGAAGAACCCUCACUGGCUCCCCUAUCCCCAGGACUUUCAAGUUUCUUCAAGUUUACAGCGCAUGCUAACACAUCCCGUCCACAGAGAGGCUACCUCAUGCGACAAAACACCAAGGUUGUCAUUGCUAACAAUCGCAACGAUGACGAGCCCUCGACUCCUGUCGAUCGGACUAGCAAUGACCCCCGAGGCACCCGUUCUGCCGGAUCUUCCCCUCGCAAGGCUAGCCAACAGACCUGGACCACAGUCCCUUGGAAUGGCUCCACACGCCGUCCAAGUAUAAAGAUGGCUGGCGCGAUCCCUAAGAAGAAGCCCGUUCCAGGUGUAGGAGCUGUACCUCCCCUUCCUGGUCAAUCAAGUAACGUGCAGCAACCUCCUGCGACCAUCGAGGAAAACGAACCGGUCUUGAAUGAGGCCUUUGAGGAUGGCGAGGAGCGUGGCCGUUUGUUUGUCAAGGUCGUUGGUCUUAAGUAUUUGGAUCUACCUAUGCCUCGUGGCGAACGAUCAUACUUUGCCCUGACUCUAGACAACGGUCUCCACUGUGUGACCACAUCAUGGCUUGAGCUUGGAAAGACUGCCCCAAUUGGCCAGGAGUUUGAGUUGAUUGUGCAGAACGAUCUUGAGUUCCAGCUCACUCUCCAGAUGAAGGUCGACGAAGCCAAACUCUACCCUCAGGAGUCUGCCAGUUCCCCCAAUCGUCAGAAGGCUUCGGCUCUCAGCCGGGUCUUCGCCUCUCCUCGCCGUCGCAAGGAGCUUGACCUGAAGCAGCAAAUGCAGUCUCAGCAACAAAAAGCUAACGAUGUCAACGCUCCGGUCUAUGACCGCCUGCGCAAUCUCGUCGCCCGCGAUGGAAGCUUCGGCCGCGCUUACGUGGCUUUGAGUGACCAUGAGAAGAUGGCUUUCGGUCGCCCUUAUACAGUUGACAUUGCCUGCUUCAAUGAAUGGGCUGUUGACGAGCACCCGAGCAGCGUGAAGAGCAAGAAGAGUGCAACCAGUAUGACUGCCCAACGUCGACCACCUUAUAAGAUUGGCAAACUGGAGCUUCAGCUACUCUUCGUCCCAAAGCCUAAGGGCGGCAAGGAUGAUGACAUGCCCAAGAGUAUGAACGCCUGCAUUCGGGAAAUGCGGGAUGCUGAGAGUGUUACUGCACGAAGCUUUGAGGGAUUUCUCUCUCAGCAGGGUGGUGAUUGUCCUUUCUGGCGCCGUCGUUUCUUCAAACUCCAAGGCUCGAAGCUGACAGCCUACCACGAAACCACUCGCCAACCUCGCGCGACAAUCAAUCUCGCAAAGGCAGCCAAGUUGAUCGAUGACCGAUCUUCUUUGGUUCAGAAAGAAACUAGCACAAGGGAGGCGGCCGUCGCAAGUCUGCAUUUGCAGAGGAAGAAGAUGGAUAUAUUUAUCGACUUCUACGCGGACAGCGCGGCUGAUAAGGACGGCUGGCUCCGAGUCAUGUCAGAAGCUGUAGGCAAGGGAGCCACUUCCGGCAACGGCGCUAUCAAGCCAUGGGCCGAUCUUGUGCUCCGACGCGAGCGCAGCAUGAAGUCCCGACGCCUGACCACCGAUCGUCUCCCCCCCACCCAGCAGUAUCCCGGUUGCACCAUCAUCUCCUGUUGGCAAGCGACAAAGUGUUGCGAUGGGACCGCCAUCUUCAGCAGGAACCGGGGCGCAGGCGCCCCAAUCUCCGCGCCCCAACCAUCGGGACACAAGCACACUUUCUCUCAACCUGAUAUUGGUACUGACGCCCGUCGCCAGAAGACACGAUCCCUCAUGUUUUGA